UAGGCGACCCGUCCACUUGGCUAAUGACCUCUGCCGCCACCUCCGUGUGCGAUUUCCGCAAGCUGCCUCGGCCAGCGCUGAAUCGCCUCGCAGCGCACUACGGCCUCACGCCGGAGUCCAGCCUUGCGUCCAGUUCACUGGCGGUCGCCGUCAGCGAGGCGUUUGCGUGCGAGGCGGUUGACGAGGAGCAGGUGUUGCUAGGGCUACUUCGGCACGAUGCGAGCAGAGGGAGGAGAGGGAGCAGCAAUGGGCGCCUGGAGAAGCGGGCCACCACGGCCGCUGCUCGCGGCGGCAAGCCGAGCGGUGCACGCGGGGUCGGGGCGCCGAAUGGCCACGCGAGCGCGACGCCGCGGAACAGCAAGCGGGCGCGCGGCAUGACCUACGGCGACAUGAUCUCGGCCGCCCUCAAGGCGCUGCCCUCACGGAGAGGCACGCUCGAGGACAUCUACAGCGUGAUUGAGGAGGAGUUCAGCGCGCAGCUCAACACCGAGCUCGAGGCUGGGCCGCGGCAGGUGCCAGUCUGGAAGGCAAGCGUGCGCAAGAUCAUCAACCUCAACAGCGUCCGCUUCCACCGCACCUCAGCGACGGAUGCGAGCGGCCACACCAUCUUCGAGCUCGCCAAAGGCGCAAGCUAGAGGCCCUGUGUCUGCACCGCCUCCAGCGCCGCAACCAUGUGCAAGAGGCCAAGAGCGCGGCCCGCGGCGCAUGAAUGACAUUUGACAUAUCGCGCCGCAUGAUGAGCGUCGCAUUAUGUCCCGCAACCAUGUACAAUCUCCACCAGGCUCCACCACACUACACCGUACUCUGUUGUCCCAUAUGUAUUGUUCUACCGUAGAGAGUAUGAGCAAAU